AUGUUUGUACUGAUAGAUAAUGUCCUCGCCUACCUUCUUGAACAAGACGACCAAUUUGUAACCGCACGCUUCGCUAUUCAGGGCCAAAUAGUCACGAGAAGAGUAAACAAAACACACACCUCAAACAUCGAUGAUGUACUCCUUCUACAGUUCAUAAGUCAUACACAGCCUCAUAUUGAGAAUAUCUCUCCAAAAAAAAUUCUCGACAGCAUGAGAACGGCCGUACGGCAGUUGCUGGACGCAACUGCCUGUGUAUCUAGAGAGUGCCUUCUCAUAAAAAGAAAUAUCGAAAUAAGAAGAGCAAGAAAACGUCUUCUCAGUGAUUGGUAUAGACUGGGUGCGGACACAAAUCACGAUUCCGUUUUGGUAGUUGUCAACUCUGCCUGGAGAUUUCUGGUCGUAUGGCGACCGUUUAUAAACUCCAUACAACAGGCAACCCAGGAACUGUUUAGGAAAAUCGCCCACUAUCUUCUCUAUGGCAACGUCGACAUACAGAGAAUCGCGGCACUAAUACAAAUCGUAAUGGGGCAGGACUAUUUACUUUUUAGUAUGGAUGAAGUCACACAAGAAAUCGCCAAAAUACAACUGUAUUUGGAUAAAAUGCUACCGCACGACCCCCACCAAUGGAAAAAGCCACUGCCCUUUGACUCUGCAAAUUUACUACUAAACUUUAGAGACUGGACAACUGAUAAUGCUCUCCUCGAGGAGUUGCAACUCUGCUAUUCCACAAAUAUUGACAAACACGAAAAACUUUCCGUUGCUCGUCUAAUACAACUAUGGUUGGAGUCUUAUUGGCAGGACAGUUAUCACACCUUAAAUUGCAUCCUUCACUUCUGGUACGACAACCUGUCCACAUUCACUGAGUACCAUGUCGUUUUUACGGAUAUAGUCCAAUUGCUUACAGAUGAAAAAAGAACCAAACAAUUAAAAGUCCAAUACAUUGGUCUCACUAGCAAAGAACCCGAAAACAACAAAAAACAACAACACACUGAUUACACAACUUUAUUCGAUGACUACAAGAUUGACAAAACAGACGCAAAUGACGAAUUGUCUCAUACAAACGACCUCGAUGAUUUCCUCCUCCAAUGGAAACAAGGCCACGAGCUAGACGUCGACGCCUUUGCUCUUGACGUGCCUGCAUGGUCACUUGCAAAGACAUUAACGCUCUUGGAAUCUGCUCUUUACCUGAACAUUGAAACAAUACAGUUCACAAGACAUUUCAAACAUAAAGAUACAGUCAUCGACUCUGUGUUCAUGUUUUCGAAUCAGCUAUCGUACUACGUACUUGAGACAACUAUACAGCAAACACGCACAAUUUCGUACUGGUUGCGGGUCGCGUUUGGUUGCUUGUAUUUGCGGAACUUAAACUCUCUUGCUACCAUCAUCACCUCGUUGCAGAACCAUUCCGUUGAAAGACUGUCUUUCCCGUUAAGUGUCAAAGAAGGUGAACUUUUUGAGCGUCUAAAGGUCAUUGUACAUCCAAGCAACAAUUACAACGUUUACAGAGACAUAAUUCAACAAAUUGCUCACAAUGAGCUCCCCUGUGUGCCUUUCACCUCACUGCUCAUCAGGGAUAUCACCUUCAUAAGAGAUGGAAACGAUACAUUUGCAAAAGAUGGCACUGGUGUCAACAUGCAGAAAUUCCAUCAAAUUACAAAGAUAAUAGCUUUUGCACAAUAUCUGCAACAGAAACAAUAUGAAAACCUACAGUGUUCAGAUAAUACUGCUAGAAGUCUUUUAGGUGCUAUGGUAGAAGUACAUAGCUUAUACAAAAACAAUAAAGACAGGGCAUAUCAAGUUAGUAUCGCCAAGAUUCCAAGAUUAACGUAA